AUGGACGACUAUGACGUCGUGCGUCCGAUCGGAGAGGGUGCAUUUGGGAAGGCCUACCUGGUGCGACCCAAGGCCGCUAAUCGUGAUGACGCGCCGUGUGUGGUCAAAAUGAUCAACCUCGCAAAGAUGUCAAGCAGGGAGAAGGAAGCGGCGAAGAAGGAAGUGGCACUCCUGUCCAACCUGGAACAUGCCAACAUUGUAGCCUUCAUCCGCUCCUUUCAAGACAGGGGCAGCCUGUGCAUCGUGAUGGAGUAUUGCGACGGAGGAGAUCUGAUGAUGAAGAUCAACAUGCAGAAAGGAGUCUUCUUCACUGAGCAGCAGAUCCUGGCUUGGUUUGUUCAGAUUUGCCUGGGCCUUAAACACAUUCACGACAAGAAAAUUUUGCACAGAGACAUUAAAAGUCAGAACAUUUUCCUAACGGAGCGAGAUGUCAAAAUUAAAUUGGGCGACUUUGGCAUCGCAAGGAUUUUGACUCACACUCUGGAGCUGGCCAAGACCUGUGUGGGGACCCCACUCUACCUCUCUCCAGAGAUCUGUGAAAACCGCCCCUACAACAACAAAACGGACAUCUGGUCUUUGGGCUGUGUCCUCUAUGAACUCUGCACUCUCAGACAUCCAUUUGAAGGCAGCAGCCUGAGUCAGCUGGUCAGUAAGAUCUGCAGGGGGCGCUACAACCCCGUGCCAUCUCGUUACUCUUAUGACCUUCGACAGCUCAUCACACAUCUCUUCAAGGUGAACCCUCGCGAUCGUCCUUCAGUCAGCUCCGUCCUCCAGCGUCCUUUCCUCAACAAACAUGCUCCGGAGAGUAGUCACAAGCACAGCACACCGCCUGCUCACGCAUAUAAACCGACAACAGAGAUAAAGAAGAAGUGCAAAGCGCCUGUGAAAAAACUAGCUGUCAAGCCAGAAUGGCGAGUGUGCAGCCCUGUUUACUACCCGCCCUCCCGCCGAGCAGUACAACCUUUUCAGCCUGCAGCAGGAGACGCCGCGGAGGAGCCCGACAAAAAGCUUGGACAGUACAGACAAUACUUUGUCCAGUUGGACGCCUUCCAACGGGUUGACAUCUCUCCUCCUCCACCACCUCCCCCUCAUCCUCCUCUUCUUCCCUGUGAGCCAUUUGAAGAGUAUGUCGCUCCUCCGGUGGAACCUUAUCAACUGGUGGCAGCAGCUCGUGAAGAGUAUCUCCAGAGGAGGCAAGAGGCUUGCCAAUACAAGCUGAGGGCAGAGAAACAGCUGGGUCUACGUCCUAGUACGGCGGAGAGCUGCCGGCCAGCCGAAGCGUGGCAAGACGUGCAACUGCAUGAACAAGAACAAACACUUGCAUGCAGGAAACAGGAUGGCCAGCAGGAGUACCUGAGGCAGCUAGAGGCCAUCAGACAGCAAUAUCAGCAGGACAUGCAACAGAUGAGGAUGAGAGCUGAGGCAGAGCCGCCACACAAAUGCGACACAUUUGUGUUGGACAAAGAAGCGCUGCCCUGUAGUACACACCCCAAAGAACAACAGUUUCAACCUGUGCAGGACAUAGAAGCAGCCUUGAGGAAAAUCAGGGAGGAUAACAGAAAACAGAGGAGAGACCUGAAUAAGAAACACAACAACCAGAAGGGAAUUAUGUUCGAGAUCCGUCUGGACCAGGACACCUCAGAGGGGGAAGACGAAGUGAAAGAGGCGGAAGAGGUCGGGGAUUGGGCUAAACCGAGGAGGGGGUGGAGCCAGGGACCACCUAAGACACUGAUGGACGCUCUAGUGCACUUGGACGUGGACUCCAGGGAGACAAUGGACAUUCAGCCAGGUCAGAACGAGGAAAAAGAAGAGGGAGGUCGUCGACAGUGGGUACCAGAACCCCCCAAGUCCUUACUGGCUGCCCUGGCCCAGGCCGAAGCCACGUCCUCCACGGUGGACUCACAUAGCCCAGACCCAGAUGAGAAGGACGACGAUGAAGAGGAUGAGGACUUGGUGACUGACCAUCGGCGCUUGGAACCGAGGUCGGAUGACGACGACACUAACUUUGAAGAGUCGGACGACGAGCUAAGGCCGCCGCCGUCCGACUCCAUGAGGAAUUUGUUUGUUGUCGCCGAUGACGACGACGAUGCUAACAAUAACGCCGGACCAGUGGCGUUGGACGGCGGCCAUCCUGGAGAAUCCCCAGUUUGA